AUGUACUCAACAGACAAUGACUGCAUCGCCAGUCAAUACCAUACCACACACAAAACGCCCGCCUGCACCUACACCACAUAUUGUGGCAGGCACGGGUGUCCAGCCGUUUUCGUGUACGGUAAUGGCACCGACUGGCUCGCAGUCAACCGCCUCGUCGAUGCCCACUAUCCGGUCUGUACAGGGCGACUCCAUGGGCUUGCUCUUUUACAUCCCCCCUCCGGCAUCCACGGCUCACAACACGUGCCAAGCCCUUCGAAGCUCACCCCCGAGAGCUGGGCUAUCGACAACAACAUUCGCGACGAUGAAGUCGUCGCGAACUCUAGUAAGCAGAGAAAAAAGGAGGGUGAGCGGAAGGAAGAACUGGAAAACGACGAAUACACCCAGGAUGUGCAACCCACAUCUGUCUGGUGCCGCGGAUGUCAGAAGGCUAUCAGCCUUGACAAGCGCUCCAGGUACUACCCUGGAUUGUGGGUCAAGCACCGGGGUAAGUGCCCAGGCAUCCUCAAGAUGGAGGUGAGCUAA